AGUGAUAUAUCUCCAGGAGGGGGCGAUAGUGAGACUUGAAAUAAGUCGUUCAAACCAGAAGAAGAAGCUCACGUUGGUUAGGUGUGAUACUAGAAAGCAGUUUAUAGAGUAUAUAUCUUGGGUUUCUUGCUGAAGUGUGAGCCGCUGAAGCUGUUGGAAGACCAAAAGGAAAUUAAGAUGUUCGCUUAACCUCAGCGUCCCUCCCUGUCGCCGCUCGGCCGCGUUUGGACCGUGUGAGUGAGGCUGCCCCCGCUCGUGCGUCAUGUUCGUGCUGGUGGAGAUGGUGGACACGGUGCGGAUCCCUCCGUGGGUCUUUGACCGGCGGCUGAACGAUGCCAUAGCGGAGGAGCUGAACAAGAAGCUGGCCAACAAGGUGGUUUACAAUGUGGGUCUCUGCAUCUGCUUGUAUGACAUCACCAAACUGGAAGACUCCUACAUUUUCCCUGGAGACGGCGCCUCGCACACUAAAGUCCACUUCAGGUUUGUCGUCUUCCACCCGUUCCUUGACGAGAUCCUCGUUGGCAAGAUCAAGUACUGCAGCCAGGAGGGAGUUCAUGUGACGAUGGGUUUCUUCGAUGACAUUCUCAUUCCACCCGAGUCUCUCCAGCAGCCGGCUAAAUUCGACGAAGCCGAGCAGGUUUGGGUCUGGGAGUACGAGACGGACGAGGGAGCGCACGACCUCUACAUGGACCAGGGAGAGGAGAUCCGCUUCCGGGUGGCGGACGAAGUCUUUGUGGACACGUCGCCGACGGGGCCGGCUGCCGCCAAGCCCGAUGCUCCAGCUCAGCCUGGACAGUCGACUGCACCGCCGGCGGAGGAGAGCGGGGACAAGAAAGAGGCGCCGUACACACUCGUUGGGACCAUCUGUGAGCCAGGACUGGGUCUGCUGUCCUGGUGGAACAGCUAGAGGAGGAACGAAGGGAGACGUGGGGCGACUGAGAGCAGACGGAACGCUGCAGCUGAUCCCGUCCGCAGACUUCAGGGACGGUGGACAGGAACACGCCGGUUUUGUUACACGAGCGGAGCGUCGGGCCGGACGGAGCCGCGCUCAGGAGCAAACCUGUCGUACUGACCGGGUGCUCCUGCAUGUAUUUAUUAACGAGAAAUUGUAUUAGUUUGAUUUAUACAACACAAGUUUCUGAAAUAAAACAAAAACAAAUGAACCAAAUGA